CUGCCCGGCCGCGGCCUGACGGGAAGAGCCGCCGCGUUCCGCCGUCCUCCCUUCUCCUCCUCCUCCUUCUCCUCCUCCUCCUCCCUGCGGAAGGCAGAGAUCUUUUCAUCUAGCAUGGCAUCGAGGCGUGUUCCAAAAGUAACUUCCAAGGAGGGAGAAUCUCACUGCAAGGAGAAGCAUGCAGUUCUGCUUAGCCCCGUGGGAAAACUGGAGAUAUCUGGGUGUGAAACAGGCUUACAUGAAAUAAAACUUCCAAAAAUGAGUGUGCUGCCAAAUGGGGCACAGGCGUCGGCAGGCUGCGAGGUGUGCGAAGGCGCGGAGGAGAUGACGGAGCCGCUGAAGCAGUGCACGGCCUGGCUGCGCGCCUACUUCUGCGAGCCGGCGAGGACGGAGCAGCUGCCCGUGCCCCCCUUCCACCACCCCCUGCUCCAGCGAGAUUCGUUCACCAGGCAGGUUUUGUGGACCCUGCUGAGAGAUGUGAAGUUUGGGGAGGCCAUCUCUUACCAGAAAUUAGCGGACCUAGCGGGCAACAGCAGAGCUGCAAGAGCAGUGGGAGGAGCAAUGAGGAGCAAUCCUCGGUGCACGUCGAGGUGCUAUAGAGAGCAGAGGAAUUUGCUGAGGGAGCCGAGGCUCAGGAAGCUCGCUGAUCCCGAUUAUAAUACCGUGCCACAGGGUGAUUCGCAGCAGCGGGCAGACCGGCAACUACGGAGGAGGGAACCUUAUGAAAGAGUGGCUUUUGUCGCACGAGAAGCUCCAGAAAGAGAAGUUAGCAUAUUGAUGUGGCUCAGCCACAGCUGCUCGACUGCCAAGGCACACAGCCGCGGAUACUUGGCUUAUAACAAGCUCUCAGAGCACCCAGCAGAAUUCAGAAAAAUGGUAAAUAUUUGAGUGACAUAUAAAUAUAAUGCAACAUCCGAAGUGAAAUGUGUGGUGGCACCACUAUAUUAAAAAAGCAGGAUGCGUCCUAGGGGAUGCAGCUCAUAUGCCCUUUCUUGUUUUUACAUUUUACAGCAGAAUGACUACAGCGGUCCAGGCCUGUUGUGCGUGUAUUUUGUUCCCAUCCCCAGUCCUGUUUUGUUCUAUUUUUAAUGUCCAUUAAAGCGAGGGUAGGGGAGAGGGAGGGGCAUGGCAAAUGCGAGGUGCAACCGUCCCUCUAAGGAAGCAUCUGGCUCGCCGAGGGGCCAGCCCGCGCCUCCCUGCUCCUGCCCCGCCUGGCGCGCUUGUCCCCCUGCCAGCCCUGGUGCCAGGACUCCCCUCCUCUCUUUGAUGUUUGCGCUGCUGAAAUGCUGUUUUACGUAAACACUGCUUAAUGGAGCACAUUGAGAUGCAGUCAAAAGGAAGCGGCUAUUGAAUCGCUUGUUCGCGGCUUUUCUUUUCGGAUCGUGAGAGAUGCUCGAGGCAGGAAUAAAAAUUUUGCUUUUGUGAAUGUUGCAAAAAGCAGGUGGAGCUGUAGGUGCUGGCAAGUUGUAUGAGAAUAUUUUAAAUAAGCAGUUAGAUGAGCGCAACCUGGACUAAAUAUUAAAAAGCUCAUCAUAGCUGCAUCUUCAUCAGCAGUGCCUUUCCUGAAGUGUUUGAAUUUCUCCUUAGAUUUUUGCAGUUCUCCGUUACAUGAAGCUUUAUUUCCUGUAGCCUCUCUGAAGAAAGGAUUCAAGAGAUGUUAAGGCUAAAUUUUGAGGUGGUUUAAAAAGGGUUCUCUGAAAGUGCGAGCCACCAGAAGCUGAAAUUUUCAGUAUGGGAAUCAUAAAUUCCAACAUGAAAAUACUGAUUUCUUUAUGUUUUUUAUCAUAUUUUCAUAGGCGUCUCUUUAGAAAUGCCAUUGCUAACCAAGAAAUUAUUGUGUUACAAUGCUUUAGUUAAUGUAGGAUUAUUGAUAACUCAGAAUUACUUCAAUAAAAAAACUGCUUUGCAUGUACAA